UGCUGUUGAUUCCACAGUUCAUUCAUCUUCACUUUCCUCAUUUCCUUUGCGAUUCCACACUUUUAUAUGCUCGUUUGAAAAAUGGCGGCUCUCAACUCCUCGUACAACCAUGACCACCAAUUGACUUCGCCACCGCCACCUACCACUUGUUCAAUUGGGACCUCACACACUGCAUUACCAGGCGCCUUCAACGCGACUAGUCCCCCCGAUCCCGCUCAGCAUUACCACAUCGACCGCGAUACACCGCGCCGAAUGCAUCCUCAUCGUGAGCAAUUCCAGGGACCACGAACUCCUGCAGAUACCCCUUGGCGCCCUCAACAGACAAUUCCAGGCAUGGAGAGACCCAAGAUCGACGUUCUAGAGCUGGCCGGCAAGCAAAUGUUGCCGCUCGAGCCCCGCUCGAUUCUGGAGCUGACCUUGGACAGUGCCACAUCAAUACCCAUGACUGAAUUUCCAAGUAUUGUGGAAAUUCUGCGGUUCAGAGGCAUGGUCGAUCCGGACGCGACCGCUUUCUCGGCUGUCGAUAGUAAGGGGCAUGAGACUGGAUCCUGGACAUGGGAAACGAUCUACGGUCGAGCGGAGAAGAUUAGUCAGGCGAUUGUAAAAAACGCACACUUACGCCUGGGCGCACGCGUCGGGCUCGUGUUUCGGAAAGCAGAAGUCUUGGACUUUUUGGCGGCAUUUUACGGUGUCAUGAUAGCGGGGAUGACCGCAGUGCCGAUCAACAUGAUCGAGGAAUUUCAAGAGAUGAUUUAUAUCCUCGAUCAUACAAACAUGGAGCUCGCACUCACGACAGAAUACAACUACAUGGAGCUGACCAAAGACCAGAAUAUGCACAAAGGUAUGGAUUGGUUGGAGAAAGUCGUUUGGUGGAAGGCAGAUACCUUGGGGAGCAAUUGGAGGCCGAGGAAUAGAGAAAGGCAGGCUUUGGGGUCGCUGAUGGAUCAGUGGAAACCGAUGGGGUUGGCACUUCCUGAUUUGGCGUAUAUCGAGUUCACAAAGGCACCAAAUGGGGAACUCAAGGGCGUUGCUGUUAGUCACAGGACGGUUCUCUCGCAGUGCCAGGUGCUCAACCAUGCACUGGACUCUAGUCCGAAGAGGAAAAGAAAGUCGCAUGCAGCAGCAACCACAGAACCAUCGUCAAUACCAUCCUCGACAGCAACAAUAGGCGCUAAUAAUGCGUACCAGCAAGGAGAGUCGACAUCAUUCCCGGCAAGGCUGACCGAGCAGUCUGAAACCACAUCCUCCGGGACAGUAAUCUCCGACAAUACAACCGUGUCCGAGUGCAAGGGAACUGACGUUGUUAUGAGCUGGCUGGAACCUCGGCAACAAGUGGGGCUUGUACUAGGAGGACUGCUCGGCGUUUAUAGCGGAAGUCAUACAGUGUUUGUGCGCAGCGGCAUCACAGAGACACUAGGGCUGUGGGAGACAUGCGCACAUCGAUACCAAGUAACUAUGGCUGUGGGGGACUAUGAGGGCGUUCGGGAGAUGAUGCAUGGUUGCAAAGCGCAGGACGUUCGACCAUGCCAGCUUUCUUCUCUGGAGACCUUCUUGAUCGACACGAUUAUGGUCCAGCCAUUGGUGAAUCGACAGUUUACAAAGAAUUUCUUGAAGCCGUUGGGUGUUCCUUCACCCGAAACAGCUGUCGUCCCUAUUGCUAGUUUACCGGAGCACGGAGGGAUGAUCCUGAGUAUGAGAGACUCCCUGAUGUUCCCCCAAGGUGUCGACCAAAUCGAUUUUGGGUUCCAAUACGGCGUGCCUCUGCAUAUGGAGCCGGGCAAGGGUGGAUCCGAGCCACAACCACGCGCGUGUUCGACGGACGCGGACGCGAUCUGUUAUUACUUGCUUGACCGAGAAGCGCUGAAAUGCAAUAUCAUUAAGGUCGUCGAUACUGGCGAGGAGGCAAUCAAAGGAGCAACAAAGCGCGGUGUUGUUUUAGUCGGAGCGUUUGGGUAUACUAUACCGCGAGCAACCCUCGCCAUUGUGGACCCGGACACCACAGCGUUGUGUCAACCCAGCAGAGUUGGUGAGAUCUGGAUCGACUCUCCGUCAAUAGCAUUUGGAUUCUGGAACCUGCCCCAGCACUCCCAACAACUCUUUCAUGCACUGCCGUUGAUCAUACCUGUUGAUACCAUGACCCCAGAGAUCUAUGACCCAGUGCCAGCAGGAUUUCUUAGAACAGGACUCCUCGGUGGCCUGAUCGAGGGUCGCGUUGUCGUUUUUGGACUUUACGAAGAUAGGAUCCAACAAGAAGUUCUCCAAGGCCCAGAAUCGGCGGAGGAGCGCAAAGUUGUUUACUAUAAAUACCACUACACGACAGAUCUUGCCAACACUGUCAUGGAGCGCAUCAUCGGAUUCACUGCUUGCGUGACAUUUGAGACAUAUAUAAACGACGAGCGCCUGCCUGUGAUCUGUGCCGAGACACCACGCCUCCAACGCGACGAUCUAGCUAAGCUCGCCGAUUUCGUUAAGCAAGCCAUGAAGGGUUACCACGGCUUGCGUCCAUACUGCAUCGCCAUUGCACCACCAGGGGCCCUACCUCGUGCCUACAAGAAUGGCAGGCGUGUCAUCCAUCCGGUCCUCUGUCAAAAAAUGCUGGAAUCAGGUUGGUUGGUGCUAUCCCAUCUCUGGACUUCAGUUGAGGACACGGUAUUCAGCAUGGCGGUGGGGGACGACAUCAUGGGUGGUAUCUGGGGUCUGGACGCGCUGACUGCUCGUGAAGUAGAAUUGCCGGCGCAUACGCGUACGGUCCAGUUCUCUAGCUGCGAUCGUCCUCUGGAAGUUCUCGAUGAUCAGUUCAAAAUCAACCUAAUGCAGUUCUCGAGCCUUGUGGAAUUGCUCGUCUGGCGCUCGAUCGUGAAUCCAGAGGAGGCUGCUUUUUUGGAACAGAAUCAGCAAGGCAAGGAUGCCAAGGCGAUCACAUUCAGGAAGUUCGGCAUGAAGGUCGUCAGCAUUGCCAGCUAUAUCGAAAAGCGAGGAGGAUUCAAGCCGGGAGACAAAGUUGUGCUGUUGUUCCCGAAUGGGGUGGAGUUUGCGGCGACCAUAUAUGCCACCUGGUUAUUGGGACUCGUUCCUGUCCCUGUCUCAGUUCCAGAGAUGUCAAGGCUGCCUGAGGAUAUUGUUCUGUUGAUGGGACUCCUGACAGAGCUUAGGGUACCGCACUUGAUUGGAAACUCCGUUACAGAGGAGGUGAUGAAGCAAAAGACGACUAUGAUCCAUAUCAAGGCCUGUAUCGGCGCCCGCCAGGACGCGAUUGUACCCACGGUUUUCAAUGUUUCCAAGGCGCCCAAGGUCAACAAAGUCCUUGGCAAGGAAUCAGGAUACACUUCACCACCAAGAACGUCGUUGGUCAAGACCGCGCCAGCUGUUGUGUACGCGCACUACUCCUCGGAUAUGAAAAGAACUCUGGUUAAGAUUAGCCAUGCAUCCCUCCUGGCACAGUGUUGCGCGCAAAAGGUCCAGUGUCGGCUCACGAGUGAGAGAACGAUCGUAUCGUGCUGGAAGGACUUCGUGGGGAUCGGGUUAUUGCAGGCGUGCGUGCUGGGUGUAUAUGUAGGCGCGCCCACGCUGUUGAUCCAGUAUGCAGAUUUCUUGGCGACGCCUCAGAUCUACCUGGAGACGAUUGCGAAAUAUGAAGCCAAGGAUGCUUUACUCGAUUACGCGAUGGUCGAGCGGGCCUUCGCAGCGCUCGACCGACAGAGAUCACCGCCCACCCUCAAGCUAUGCUCUGUUCGCAAUUUUCUUAUCAGUAUGGAAGGGAGACCUCGCACAGAGGCUCAGCAAGCACUCGAGCGACGGUUAUGUGGUACAUCGCCACACGACCCAGCAGGUUUCCAUAUAGCCAGAACGCAUAUUAGCGGAAUGUUUGGACAUAUGUCGAACCCAAUGGUGACGACAAGGUCCUACAUGAAUAUUGAGCCUGUGCGGCUGCACUUGUCGCUGAAGAGUCUUCGUCGAGGCGUUGUUGAGGUCACGACAGAAAAAGACGAUCCAAUGGGGAUCUGGGUGGAGGACAGCGGCACUCCUGUAUGCGGAACGACCGUGGCGAUCGUGAACCCAGAAACUCGGGAACUUUGUCUAUCAGGCGAGAUUGGUGAAAUUUGGGUUUCAUCCGAGGCGAACGUGCAAGCCUAUAUCACCUCGCCCUUGGUCAUCGAGGCCGACUCGGCCUCUUCCUCUGCUAUACUGAGCAUUAAUGCGAGCCAGUUCAAUGCUGCGAUCGCACAUGGAGUUUCUGCGAACAGCGGCCUCAGCAGUCUUGGCUACGGCCUUACUCAGGAUGGCAGGAUGGGACCUGGGAUGGGCUUCGUUCGCACGGGCGAGAUUGGAUUCUUGCACAACUAUGCGCACGAGAACUUUAAUGGGGGCUGCGCGACUACGCUUCUGUUUGUACUGGGAGCGAUCGGAGAGACGUUCGAGAUCAAUGGGCUGAUACAUUUCCCGAUAGAUGUCGAGACGACGAUCGAGAAGGCGCAUCCUAUUAUUAUGCCCAGUGGAUGUAUCGUGUUCCAAGUAGAUCAAGCUGUGGUCUGCGUGAUAGAAGUGCGACAAACGGACGCCUCGAUUAUCAAUCUGGUAUUCACUGUCAUGAACCAGGUCCUGAAGAAGCACCAAUUCAUGCCGGACGCAAUUGCCAUCGUUAAGGAAGGGGUUCUCGCAAAGAACCGAUACGGCGAGAAGCAGCGUGGCAAGAUGCUGUCCCACUUCAUGGGCGCGAAAAUGCCCCUGCUUUACAUUCACUACCCUCAUGGAUCACAGCCGCGGUCUAUACCAGAACAGAUACAGCCGCUUCCUGCGGGACCUAAUGGCAUCGUCGUAACGUAUUCGGCUACUAGUAGUCCUACCGAGUCAUUCGCCUCCCACACAACGUCCGCGUCCUUGACCCCAUCGUCCCCGCAAGGUAAUUGCAAAAAGAAGCCAGGAUCUUUGCGCUCGAAUCAUUCUGUGAUCUCGGUGACUGGGUCCAUGCGGUCUGUUCGCUCAGUCGGCUCCUUUAUUGGAUCCAUAUUCAAAUCCUCAAAGAAGGAUAAGGUCGGAAGCGACCAGAAGGUUCCAGGGACGGGUCGUGCUGUGAAAGUAUCGGGCGUGAAGGAGGCCCAGGACUCUAUACCCGAGUCUGGGUUGGAGUCCUUGUCUGCGUCCCCAACGGGUUCGCAGUCCAUGUUAGGCCCGUCAAAUGGGCCCGCUUCAAAGGCGCCGGCCACCAUCUAUACCCGGUGAAACAAGAGUGCGAGAAGAGAUUCGCUUUCGAGUUGAUGAGAGAUGAGAAAUUGAUCAGCGUGAGAGGGAAAAAAAGAGACGUUCAGGUUGUUCCAAAACUACGUACGAUACUUCAGAUUCGUAAUUCAA